GGGAGGAGCAACGGCCCGAGGAGGCGCCGCGGGCGGAGCGGGAGGGCAUCGCCCCCGACCUCCGACCCCUGACCUCUGACCCCCGGCCCAACCUUGACGGGAUCCCUGAGAUGACCACACUGGACAGAUACCGAGGAGGGAGGCUCCCCCAGACCACUCCUCCAACAGAGUCCGGCGUGGCUCAGAAGGGCAGCUCCCCGGACACCGACUGGCAGACCCCGACCGUCUCCGACAAGUUCCGGGGCCGCCUCGCCCGCUGCCCGGGGGCCCCUGAUGGCAGAGACGUGGACGUCGGCGCCCCGUGCCUGGACAUCGUCGAAGGUUUCUGCCGGACGAGCGGCAGCCCGCCGUUCCAGCCCAUCAAAAGCCAAGUGACCAUCCCCACGGCCCACGUUAUGCCCUCAACCCUGGGCGCCUCCCCCACCAAGCCGGGCCCGCCGGGCGAGGCCGGCUGCCCCGGCCCCGCGUCGCCCUCCCCCUCGCUGGCCGAGAUCAGCGGGCCGCCGAGGGACGGGGACGGCGGCGGCGUGAAGCCGGCCCCGGGGCUGGCCCCCGGAUUCCUGUCCUACUGCGGCCCGGCGGGGGCCGCCGGCGGCGGCGGCCGGCCCUGGUUCCCCGGCUCCGACCCGGCCGGACCCGACGAGGGGAGGGCGUUCGACACGCCGAGCGUCGAGCCCACCUUGAACCAGUCGGCGAUGAUGGAGGCGACAUCCUCCGACCCCCGCUACCGCUUCCUCCUCUGCCCGCCGGCCGCCGAGCCGGGCCCGGAGCCGUACAAGACGCUGCCCGAGGCUCGGCCGGCCCCCGGGGGCGGCCCGGUGGGCGGGGAGCGGAACCGGCCCGGCGGCGGCCCGGGCCCGCUGGGCCCGCAGCCCGCUCCCGGCUUCCCCAGGUCGCUGACGCUGCAGCCUCCGGCGUGGAUCCCGGACCCCUACGCGCCUCGUCCCCCCGACAGGGUCUAUGAACCCGGCGCUUGCCGGCCGCAGCUCGAGUCCAUCCGGGUGCAAGUGGAGCAGAUGCAGCUCCAGAACGGACCGGCCUGUCCCCACCCGCCGGCCUGCAUCCCUGCCCUGUCCCCGCUGGAGCCGGCGCAGUGGCUCAGCGUCCUCAGCAGCAACGAGAUGCUUCUGAAGGAGAAGGAGUUCCUCAUAGACAAGCAGAGGCAGCACAUCUGCCAGCUGGAGCAGAAACUGCGGGAGAGCGAGCUGCGGGUGCACGGGGCUCUGAUGGGCCGAGCGGCCCCGUACGGGGACGUCUGGCUGCUGAGACUGCAGGAGCUGCAGCGGGACAACACUUUCCUGCGAGCGCAGUUCGCCCAGAAGACCGAAUCUCUGAGCAGGGAGAAGGUGGACCUGGAAAGGAAGCUGGCCGCCUCCGAGGUGGACGGGCAGCGGUCCCGAGAGAUGCUCAAAGGGGCACUGCAGAAGCACAUGGAGGAGGGGAAGAAACAGGAAGAGAGGGUGAAAGGGAGAGACAAACACAUCAACGGCCUGAAGAAGAAAUGUCAGAAGGAGCUGGAGCAGAACCGGGAGAAGCAGCAGCGCAUAGAGACCUUGGAGCGCUACCUGGCUGGACUACCGACCCUGGAGGAGCACCAGAGGCAGAGCCAGAGGCUGCAGGAAUCUGAGCUGGAAAGCGCCGACCUGCGGGAGAGGGUGGCGGAACUGGAGAGGGAGCUGGAGGAGACCCGGGUAGCGUGCAGGGAGAAGGAGGUCCAGCUGGACAGCCAGGAGCAGAAAGAACCGGAGCUCGUCUCCAACAUCCGCACCUUGCAAGACGAGGCGGGAUCUGCCGAGAAGCAGGCGACGGGAGACGGUCCGGCCCGGCCCGCGGCCGGCCCCAACAAGGAAACCGAAUCGUUGCAGAAGGAACGCGAUUCCCUCCGGAAAGUUGUGGACAAGCAACAGAAGAAGAUGGACCAGCUGUGCUCCCGCAUCAAGGAUCUGGAGCAGGAGGUGGCCCGGGAGGAGGGGACUAGCCAGGCCCUCAGGGAGGAGGCCCAGAAGAGAGAGGAUGCAGUGCAGCAGCUGCGCACAGCCAUGAGAGAGCUUUCAGGGCAGAACCAGGAUCUGAUCGAGAAGAACCUGACCCUGCAGGAGCGUCUCCGGCAGGCCGGGCCCGGCCAGCGGCCCGGGGACGACACGGCCCAGUUGGCCCACGAGCUGUACCGGGAGCUGCUCAGCUGCCUGGGAAAGCUGCAGGCUGUGUGUAGCAUCAUCACCCAGAGGGCCCAGGGCCUAGACCCCAACCUCUCUCUGCUCCUAGGCAUCCACUCCACCCAGCAAGUGGGCAUCGAGGCUGAGCUCCAGAAGCCGGACGUGCUCCCGCUGAAGCUGGAGGAAGUCCGGCAGCUGCACCGGGACAUCGAGGACCUGCGGACGACACUGUCGGACCGCUAUGCCCAGGACGUGGGCGACAAUUGCAUCACGCAGUGAGGCCAGGAGCGGGGCCGGAGGGCGGGGCCUCAGGCUCUGGCCACCCCCCUCCCACCUCUCGACUGCCAUCAGUGCCCUUGCCCAGAGAGGGGAGGGGAGGUUGGCCGCGCCUGGGGUCCUGGUGCCAGUUGGCUCUCGGCCUCGCCCGGCAGCGGCCUCGACCGCUCUGAAUACGUUAGCCGGGGCUGCCGCUGCCCCCGACUCAACCCGUGGUGCUACUGGCCACCGCCCCGGGGCCCCGGUCCAUGCGGACAUCACCACCUUUGCCCCAGACGUCCUGGCCAGACCUCGCUGGACACCCACCCGCCGGCCCGCGGGGCUCCCCGGCAUCAGUCGGGGAGGAUGGGGCUCCAGCGGCCGGGCCGUCCAGUCCUCUGGUCCCCGUUCCGGCCCCUUGAGCGGCCGUGGGACCGGAGGACUGAGACGGCCCGGGGGGAUGGGACGUCCGGUCCUCGCCCCCUGCCGCUCCCCGCAGGCUGGGUGCGAGCCGCUAGGCCGAUGGGAGCACGGGGGAGGAGUGCGCUCAUCUCAGUGAUUUCCCCCCAGGGUAACCUCAGGCAAUUGGGUCCCCGGCCUCCGGGGCCUAGCCAGAUUCAAGUCACGAGCUGGCAGCCGCGGCGCCUGGCUUUCCACACAGCUUCCCCUUUCCCCUCUGACCAGGUCUGUGUCUGCCCUUUCAGUCCUUUCCCUGCCUCAUCCACUGUAGCCUAAAUGGGGCUUGUCCCUCCAGUGGCUCCGUGGUCAUCUGCAUGGGUCAUCUGCAUGCAUGGGAGGGGACGUGCCAAAUCUUCUGACCUCCCAGGGGGAAGGGGUCAGCUCCUCAGCCCCCCCCCCCCAGCCCACUCUGGGCCUUUCUUGGAAAGCAGGGGCUGUGGGGGCCGGGCCCUCUGGGUGCGUGGGGCUCGCUCCACCGGCCCCGCCCCCAAGUCACCUUCACUUCCGGCCCAGGUCGGACCUUGAUUGUUUACAGAUCCGAUCCCGUCGGCCCCGCCACCCAGUUUCGGGCAGGCCCCGUGCUGGCCUCACGCCAGGCUGGGCUCGGCUCCGGCCAUCCGGGAAGCCCCGCGUUGCCUCCAGCUGGCGGGCGGGAGCCCUCGGCCGGCAGGGAAGACCGGCCCAGCGCCUUUCUCCCCCCCGCCCGGGACCCACCCUCACGGUCCGCUUGCAAGUGUCCCAUGUCGAGUUUCCAAAACCGGUUACGAGUUUCUCCCCAGGCCGGUCCAUCUGCUCGUCGCUCCCGAGGCCUCCCCCUCGGCCGCUCCGGCUCCCGCCGCCCCGCCCCGGCCCGUGUCACCGACGCCUUGUGCAAUCCGCUCGCGGAGCCGCCGACGGUCCGUCCGCCCUCCACCUCCGCGGCUGGGAUCCCAGCGCGAAGCUCACGGGUAUUUUUCCUUGUAAAGUUUAUAAGCAAAGAAGUAUUUAUAUGGAUCUUUGUUAUACCAGUUGGUUUGUAUUGAGUAUUUUGAUUACAAAAUAAAAGCCCGAACCGGC